AUGUCGUUCCUGUUGAAUAUGAUCUAUGGCAAAUUCACCACAAUACCACCGCAAAAGGAAGAUUGCACAGGCAAAGUAGUCAUCAUCACUGGGGGAAACGGCGGCAUUGCUCUCGAGGCAGCGCGACACUUUACCCAAUUGAACGCUGCCAGAGUAAUCCUCGCAUGUCGCGGUCUUGAGAAGGGUGAACACGCAAAGAAAGAUAUUGAAGAGACAACUGGAAAGCAUAACGUCGUCGAGGUUUGGCACCUAGAUCUCGCAUUGCAUGAUAGUGUUCGCGAGUUUGCAGAUCGUGUCAAUAAGUUGGACCGAGUAGAUGUCUUGAUCAACAAUGCAGGUCUUCUUGUCUUUAAGCGUGAGCUUAUCGAGGGUCAUGAGUCCAUGCUGAGCAUUAAUGUAAUCUCGACGGCUCUACUUACACUCCUUGUUCUCCCUGUUUUAAGGCAAACGUCGACCAGGUUUAACACUAUCCCACAUAUUGUUAUUUGUCGCCUUCCCGUACAAGAGACAAAUAUCAUCAAAGCUCUUGAUGAGCAGCCAAGUGUCCUUGAACACUACAACAAGACGAAGCUCGUUCAACUCAUAUUCAUGACCCAACUCGCCAAAGCUAUUGAAGUGUCUGGAAAAGGCCAUAUCAUCGUCAAUGGCGUGCAUCCUGGCUUCUGCUGCACACCACUCUUCGAUAACACGCCCUGGCCAUUCAAUCUUAUAUUUAAAGGGCUUCUUGCACUUUUUGGACGAGCUCCGGAGGUGGGAUCCCGUGCUCUACUGGCUGGAGCGUUUGCAGAUGAAAGCUUGAACGGAAAGUUUAUGUCUAACGGCACUUUUCAUGAACUGCCCAGGAUUAUGCAGGGGGAUGAAGGAGAGAAGAUGUGUAGAAAGGUCUGGGAGGAGUUGAGUGGGGUUUUGGAGGGGAUUGAGCCCGGGGUAACAAAUAAAAUCUAG